AGCGGUAAUUCUUGGUCGUUUUGAGAUUUGCGGAAGCAUGGAAUCGUUCAGAAAGCUUCAAAAUGAUAUUGCUUUUUGGUUAAAUAAUCGUAUCCACGAAACUUGCCGCAUCUUUUGUCAAAUACAGCACACUGAAAACACUGACAUCAAAACUGCGUAAUAAUUUCUUCAUCUUUAAACGGCAGGCAAUGGUUUGAGACACAUGUAUUAGAACUGUGUGGUAGACGAACAUUUCAUCAGAGCAAAUUUUAAACAAUAAUUGUCUGACUUGAGAAAUUAUCAUUCUAUGACACUGAGAUUACUUUAUGUAGUUGACACCACCAGAGUGAAAGUUUAAAAUUGCCGCUAUUUUGAUCAAUAAAGUCCUUAAUACAAGAUGUUCGCCAUUGCAGGUUCUGUCUCUGUGGAGUGUGGAGUAGUUGACUGUUACUAGAAAAGGGCAAGGAAUGAUUCGUAGAACUAGGGCAUUACUAAUUUGUUUUUAAUAUAUUGUUGUACAGCAUUAAACCUGGAAACUGUUGCGAAACACUUGUACGCAUGUGCGCAAUCGCAGAUAUUGAUUUGUUGGUGUAUGUCACUGUUAUAUUCAGAAUCGCGAAGGAAGUCCGCUGUUGAGCGAAUUUUUUCUUAGGCCAAGAGUUGUGUGCAAAAUAACAAACCAAGAGCAUACAUAAAUUACCUGUAAACAGAUAGCCUAUCUCGAAUUUCGAUAAAAAGGCCACAAGUGGUGCCUCAACCCUGCAGAUAAUUUCUGUACGGACAAUGCAUUCCUGUCUCGGGUUGUGAAUGGAGUUUCUUAUGCGCAAAGGUGUUUAGGCUGCCAGUGAACAUAAGACAUGAAAAGGAGAACCUCCAAACGUUUGAAAACAAAGCCAAAUAAUACUUCAGUAGCCACUCCUACAGUUUAUCGGAAUAACAGGAAACCAAAAGAAAUGGCGUCGACUCCUUCUGCCGGUAUCCACAAUCUGCCGUACGACGUAAUGUUUUCCAUCUUUUGCUACUUGCCGAUCCCCGACUUGGCACACUGUGCUGCCGUGAGCAAGCAGUGGCACGAAAUCGUGUCGGGCUUUACUCACCUGUGGAAGGGCAAGAGGUACGUCAGCAACAGAAGUCCAAAGGAAUCCUUCGAGACAUCCGCCAUCUUGCGCGCCCUGCCGCUAUUGCAGGAAGUCAUCGUCAAGGCGGCAGCCGAGUUUGUUAUCGACAUUUUCUACCCCCGCCUGGUCCUGUUAGUGACAGACAUUUCUGACAUAGCAUCUGCAGAGGACGGUCAUAGACUGAGGUGCGCGUAUUUGUCGACUAGACUCGACAUAGCAGAAAGCAUCUUCUCUUCUCGUUCGAUUAUAGAUUUUGCAGCUCUCCAGAAAUUGCGGAUCUUCAAAGCGAUACCGACACUAGACGCUUUUGCCCGAAAACGUGACCGGGAAGUGUGUUGCUGCGCCUCGUCCAGCUCUAGUGCGGAUUACGCAGUCGGCACGGCCCUCGAGCUGUGCCCGAAUCUCACAGACCUGUGCGUCUAUGCAGAGUUCUUGUCGGCAGACUAUCUGGACGCGUCGGAGGGGAUCGGCCGGUUGCGGACGCUGGAAAUAGAGUGCCCCGGCCUAGAAGAACUGGCGUUUUUGAGGCACUGCUCGGAUACGCUGGAGGAACUGGAAUUGAAAGGUUGUGCCGACCUGCCGUCGGCCGCGUACGCGAAUCUCCGGCACCUGGGGAACCUGCAGAGGCUGCGGUUGCGAGACUGUUGCGUGGCGGGAGGCGACCUGGAGGUGGCCGCGACGGGUCUGAAGUCCCUCGUGUCGUUGCGGCUGGAGUGCUGCGACCUCAUCUCGGACGUGUCCUUCCUGCGGCAUUGCGGCCGGUUGCGGGAGCUCCGCGUCGAGGCCUCGCCGCCGGACACGCUGCUGACGGGCCUGCGGCAGCUGCCCGCCGGCGUCCGCUCGCUCUACCUGGCCGGCAGUGCCGCGAACGCGUACGAGCUGGCCGUAGUUCUGCCGCGUCUGCCGCUGCUCGAGGAGCUGGACCUCGUAGGUAGCGAUCUGCCGCACCUGGGCUUCCUGCGCCACUGCCCGCAACUGCGUCGUCUCUGCCUGGAGUUCUCGCACUGGCCCGGCACGUCGGAGCUGUCGAAUCUACGUCACCUGACGAGACUCGAGGCCCUGGACCUGACGAGGUGCCAGGUCGACGCGGACGUCCUCUCCGGUGUGAUGCCGUCACUGUCGCGACUGGAGACGCUGUCGCUGUCCCACACGGAGGACGUCGCCCACUUGGCGUUCCUCCGGCACUGCACCCAGCUUCGCACUUUGUCACUGUUCUACACGUUCGGAAUGGACUUGGAUGCCUAUUGUGAACUGUCCCAUCUGGCUAACUUGCAGACUGUGCACAUCAGUGAACAUGUGGUUGACUUUGUCCGUGAGUUCAUCCAACCGCGUAUGCCGCAAGUAAAAAUUUAUACCGUACAACAGUUUAAAUGAACUACUGUUCCACCAACUUUCCUGCCCUGUGAUGCCAACGUGUGUGUGUAUUAACAUAUAUAUGUGUAUGGAUUAAUGUACAUUCAUUUGUGAAAUGAAUUUUUCAGUGUGUGUGUGUGUGUGUGUGUGUGUGUGUGUGUGUGUGUUGUUUGUUUGUUUGUUAUUUCCAGUCUUACUGGACAGUGAUUGUAGCGACUUGGGUUAUCUAGUCGUGACCCACAACUUUGUGUCAGAGCUUUACUUCAACCAGUACCUCACCCUGUCAUCUAAACUUCACACAAGAUCUCCUGCAUACCUUGCUGGUGUGGCACUCCUGAGUAAAAGUACGUCAUGGAGAAGCCAUUCUCUAAAUGAAUCUCGACUGCAGAGUGAAAGUUUAAGUCUGGAAACUACCCAGAGGCUGUGGCUAAAAUUUUUCUCAGAAAUAUUCUUUCUUCUAGUAGUCCUAGGUAUGCAUGAGAGCUUUCUGUAAAAGAGACCUAAUAUUGCAAUAUAAAUUCAAAAAUUUGUAUAUAAUCAUGUAUUUUCUGUUUAAUCAAUAAUUAUAUGGAUUGGCAGCAGAUAGAAAAUAGUCAUUGUUACCAUAGGUAAAAUCAAAAUGUCAACUGAAAACAGUUUAAAGAGCUUAGAACAUUAUUACACUAAAGACGACUUACUGUGACUGCGUAAACAAAUCUCCACAAGUAUUCUAGAAAAAAUGACUAUUUAAACCUAGCAAAAAAUGUUUUUCAGAGUCUAAUAUUCGUGCACUUAAUUUGUCUACUGCCUUUAGGUUUAUGGAGCCUUAGGUUACUAUUAAGCUGAAUGCUCGUUGUAAAGAAGUUUCCUUUACCGUGUGUCUGUGUUUCAACUUAUUUUAUAUACAAGUCCUUUGAAGAAGUAUCCACCGUUGUAAAAGAAUUUUUGUAUUAAACCUUUCUUAAAAUUCUCGUUAAGUUUCAGCCAUCAUUAGUGAUAUUUAUUUUGUAUCUCAGCAAGAUGUCUUUCACUAUUCUGCAUGUAGUUUGUUGAAGUGCCAUCAAAGAUGUAAAUAAUUGUAAUAAUGCAUUUUUGUCUCCGAGGAAAAAAAUUAUUA